AGUUGUCAGCACUGCUUUAUGUAAACUUCACUUCACAGUUCUUCAUUUAUUUUGUAAAUUGCUGUGAAAGAGUGAAAAACAAUUUUUUGGAAGUGAAAAUUUCAACAAAUUUAAUAAGAUUUUUCUAUAAUUACUUUAAGAAAACAAAACAUUAAAGCAAUGGCUGUUUAAAUUAAUGAAAAUUUUACGCAAACAUAAAGUGUGAAACUGAAAAAAAAGGCAUUUGCAAAAAGUCAAAAAUAAAGGGAAAAAAAUCUCAAAGAGAAAGUGUCUAAAGAAAGAAGAGAGUGAAAAUAUAAAAAUAAAUAAUAGUCUUUAACAAAAUAAAUGCAAAAAUUCAAAAGGAAAAGAAAAAAUUAAUUGCAAAAUUUUCUUUUGUUAAAUAAUACAAUUUAAUGGGCAAUGCUAAAUCAAGGAAUUAUAAUAAAUCCAAUAAAAUUGAAAAACAAAUUUCCAGGAAUUUAAAAUCAACUAAAUUGACAACAACAGCAACAACGUAUAGAAAAGAGGAUAAUAAUAGUAACGUUGGUGGGACGACAACAAUAACUACUACAGCAACUACUACAACUAAUGCUGCUAAUAGUACUGUGGGAGGUCCAUGGUACGAGGAGGUUGGAAAUAAAACAACAGCUAGUUCUAACAAAGCACUAAAAGAUCCCCAACAACUAGCAAUACAACAACAGCAACAACACUAUAAACACAAAGCAGCUGAUAAUUCAGCUGCCUCAGCAGUAGCAGAGCAGCAACGUUUAAAACAGGCCUCUUCUCUGUGGAGUUUGGGUAGUCUCAAUUGGAAUCUAUCCUAUUCGGUUCGCAAUUCUUUUAAGCAACGUCAAAAAUCUUCUAGAAAAAGUUUUAGUACUUUACAACAAUAUCAACAACGCAAACGUUCUAAAACUCAAUGGCAUAAACCAUUAACAAAUGCCAUUUUCAGUUCACACUUUAAAGAGUCGAGUCGUAACGAAGAAUUUCAUAUUGAUCAAUUGGUAGCUAAGGGUGCAUUUGGUGUUGUUUUCAAAGUAAUUGAUAAGAAAUCUUUAAAACAAGAAGAAGCAGAUCAACAACAACAGCAACAGCAGCAUCAAGCGGAACAUAUAAAUAAAAAUAAUUUUGCAGCAUUUACUGCUGUUUCACCUUCUGCCCCCGUUUAUGCUUUAAAAGUUUUAAAGAAAUCAAAAAUUAUUUCGGAGAAUAGCUUGCAACAAAUUAAAGACGAAGUUGAUAUACAAAAACUUUGUGGCCAUCAUCCAUUUAUUGUUAAACAAUUUGAUUUAUGGCAAAAUCGUUAUAAUUUACAUAUACUUUCGGAAUAUAUACCAAACGGUGAACUAUUCUCAACAAUACGUACAUUCUCUUUAAACUUAAUACGUUUGUAUUUGGCAGAAAUUGCUUUGGCUUUGGAUUUCCUACAUAACGCUGGCAUUAUUUAUCGUGAUGCUAAACCAGAAAACAUACUAUUAACCCAAGAUUAUCAUAUAAAAUUAACUGAUUUUGGUCUCAGCAAGUGGUUGAAAUUGGGUUUAACAACUAAAACUAUGUGUGGAACAUUUCAAUAUAUGGCUCCCGAAAUUUUGCGCGGCGAACCAUAUACUCAUGCUGUCGAUUGGUGGUCUUUAGGUAUAAUUGUUUGUCAAAUGUUUGUUGAAAGGGUCCCUUAG